AUGAAAGUCUCAUUUGGCUAUGCGGGCUUAAUUUUCUUUGUCAAGCCUAACUGGUUAAAUGCUCAAGCUUAUAGUCGAGUUAGCUGUACUUUUAAAGUCCGUUCGCCAAAGUGCGAUAAGACGCGUCUUCAGGGAGAUCACAGCUUAUUACAAAUGAGCACAUCCUCAGUCCAUGGGGCUCAAACGACAGAAUCAUGUCGUGAUUGUGGCUUUGAAUGGCCCGAAUCGAUGGAGUUGUACGCCGAGUCACAGUGCAGCCCUUGA